AUGACGGCGUUAGUUUUCGCCGGCGUGGUGUUUGUUAUUAUUACGGGGCUAGCGGCCGCGGCGAAGUUGGCGCCGUGGUUGUCGCUGUGUUUGGCGGUCAUCUCCAUGCUCUUCCAGCUUGUGGCUGCAGCGCGCGGGAUCAUGGCGGAUGGCCAGGAACUGGCUGGCCACGUCCAGACGAUUUUGAGGGUUGUCCACUGGAUUAUCGACUUCUUCCACAACCUCUACGCGAGGCAUCGGGAGGAUGUUGAGAUGAUAUUGAGUGAGGUCACCAGGAUUAUCGACUUCUUCCUCAACCUCUGCGCCGCGUGGUAUCACGAGGAGGCUGAGCAGUACACGCUGGCGCAGGUCAGGGCGGCCACCAACAACUUCGCCGACCUGAUCGGCCAGGGCGUCUCCGGAAGGGUGUACAAGGGCACGCUCGACGACGGCCGUAAGGUGGCCGUCAAGCGCCUCGAGGACGGGCUGCGACGCGCGGAGGACACUUUCGGCGUGGAGCUCGCCCUUCUCCAGCCGCUCAGCCAUGAGCACGUCGUCCGCCUCGUGGGGUCGUGCGCGGAGGGGGAACACCGCAUCCUCGUCUACGAGCACGUCGACAAGGGCACGCUCAGAGGCAACCUGGAUAACAACAAUGCGGCUGCGCCCCCGUCCUGGAUAACGCGCGUCCAGGUGCUCCUGGGCGCGGCGCGCGCCAUCGAAUACCUGCACGGCGAGGAUGUCAUCCACGGCAACGUCACUUCGGCCAAUAUCCUCCUUGACCGGAGCUUGACGCCGCGCGUGGCAGGAUUCGGCGCGUCGGUCCGCCAGGAGCUGGGCGUGCCGUCCGAGGCCGUGGACAUUGUCCAGACGGAAGGGUACGGCGACCCGGAGUACGACACAACACGCCGCCUCAAACCGGCGACCGACGUGUACAGCCUCGGCGUGGUGAUGCUCGAGGUGCUGACGGGGCAGCCGCCGGUGCGAGCUAAUAACGCGACGCUGGUGUCAUGGGCGCUACCGAGCAUUCAGGCCAGGAAGCUAAAGGAUGUCCUCGACUGGCGCCCCACGUCGAACCCCACUCCAGGCCAGCGCAAGGCUCUGAAGAUGGUAGCGAAGACGGCGGCAAGCUGUUUGUGCAGGGACGGGGAUAGCCGGCGGUCCAUAUCGCGCGUUGUGAAAGAACUCGAGGAGGCGCUGAAGCUCAUUUGCAACGGAUGA